AUGCUUCGUUUGCUGGAAUCACGUCUUUGGUUUUACUUGAUUGGUGCUGUUUUCGUGGCCCUUUUUUACCUGUCUCAGAAGGGCCUCAAGUUGAGAGCCAAGAUACCUAAGAAGCCACAGAGGACAUCCAACGACAAGCGUAGAAAAGGUGAGUGGACUCCUGAACUGUUCCAGACGCCAGUUCCGCCGCCAUACCCAAACUGGGAUAUACACAAGACCAAGCCAUUGCCGUACAGAGCGUUCAGACACAAGUAUAACAUUACCAUGGGCAUUCGUAACAUGGAGUGGGACUCCUGGAUCGAGCUUGACAAUGAGUGGCAAAAAUUUCAUGAUCAGAAAUUAGGCAGGCUUCAAGAAAGGGGCGCCGAACUCUUCGGCACAAAACCACAGGCAGCAGACGCCGUCAUGGAGCUUUUGGAAGAGUUCUGGUCCUACUUACCACAUCGCUAUCCUACACUCUUUAAACAAACGCCCAAGGGCUUGCAUAACUUGCACACUGGAGAAGACUUCGUCUUUCGAAACUGUAAGGCUGAUGAGUUGGCGGAGGAGCCUAUUGUAAUGGCUGCGAAAAUGAUUCAGGACGACUUGGCUAUUAUGAUGGAAGCACCAAAUGGUGAGUACCACUUGCAAGCUGGGGCCAUUAUUUUACCUGGUUUCUGGAGAUUCAAAGAUAAGUUUGGCCUCUCCCUCAAUGAAAUCCACACCAGUGGUGAUGUUCCACAGUAUAGACAGAAGUUACAGACCGGCAUGAACAAGUUCUUCUCGAGACUCACUUGCGACAAGCCCGUGGUGAGAAACAACUAUUUCAUUCAGCUUGAUAAUGAGCUAGGAUGGUCGAAGUCUAUUGGAGAUGAGGAUUCGGAUAGAGUAGGGUGGUAUACCGCUGGCGAAGCGAUCAGUCCAAAGCAGUUGUACUUCAGAUCAGAAAGACAGAGUUUGCGGAGACUUCCCAAAAGCGGAGCUGUAGUGUUCACUAUCCGGACGUACUUUGCGCCAAUAGUUGAAAUAUGCCAGGAGCCGUAUAUCCCUAGAAGACUUUUGAACGGGAUUGAAAGUUGGAGUGACGAUGUUCGUGAGUAUCGAGGCUACGACAAGUUCAAAGACGCAAUCUUGCCAUAUUUGGCACAAGAAGCAGAGAAGCAAGAGGAAAAAGGCUACAUUGUGGACACCGAGCCAUCGGUGUAUCCAUUCUGA